GGGGGGUGGCUCCCGCUCCGGGCUCCCGUGGGCCGGGCUGUCCAGCCCCCAGGCUUUGCUCCCUCCCUCCUCCCAGCCCACCCCGGGCUGGCUCCGAGGCGCGCUCCGCGGUGCCCCAUCGCUCCAGGGGGCUGGGGGAGGCUCUGGCUGAAUGGUCCCCGCUGCCACCAUGAAUCAGGCCCCGGACCCCAGCGGCUCUGAACAGCCCGACCGAGAUGCCCGCAACGCGGCCCCCGGCCACCCGGCCUCCAGCAGAGGGAUGCAGCCGCCGCCCCGUCUGCCCCAACUCAUCCAAAAUGCGGCCAAGCUUCUGGACAAAAAUCCGUUCUCUGUCAGCACUCCAAAUCCGCUGCUUCCUUCUCCCGCAAGCCUUCAGCUCGCUCAGCUACAAGCCCAGCUUACCCUGCACAGGCUAAAAUUGGCUCAGACAGCGGUCACCAGCAACCCAGCAGCUGCAACGGUAUUGAAUCAAGUUCUCUCCAAAGUGGCCAUGUCUCAGCCACUGUUUAAUCAAUUAAGACAUCCGGCCAUGAUUAACACUCCCCAGGGGCAUGCUGGAGGACCUCAGCAAGGACCUGCGAUCGCCAAUACUAGCUUUCCAUCUAGUGGAAUACCUUUUCCAGCACAGAAUCCAGCUUUAGCGGUACCAGGGGGAAGCAUGGGGACUGUUGGGAACAUACAGAAUCAAAACCCAAAUGCUAUUGUCAUGCACCCCUUUGGCGGUGUAAUGUCUCAGCCAUCCAGCCAACCAGCUGUAGUUAUGAGUCUCAAUAAGACAGGCCACUCGUCUGCUGCAGGAGGAUUUUAUGACUACAAUAAACAAAAUGUCUCUGCCCCUCAAGUAUACACAGCUGAUGCAGGCCAGGGCAAUCAGCACAACUUCAUGACCAGUGGGUCUCACUCAGUCUCCUCCUCCUCAGGAGGGGUACCCUAUGAGGGUCAUUUUGGUCCUUCCGGCCAACUAAAACAUGACAGUCAGCCUGGAUUUCAGAAAGACUUCUAUGGCCCCAAUUCUAAAGGACAACAUCCAACAGGAAUACAAUCUUUGGGUUUUUCGGGUGAGCCACAGAUGAGUGCUCAUCAAACUGUGAGUCAGAAAGGAGAAGCAGGCCCUGUGGUACAUAACACAGGUGCAAAUAGCCAGUGGGAAAACGCUCCUAAUUUCUCCAGCCAGAACAAGCCUGACCUCGUGGUCAGUGGCAACUUGUGGCCGUCCACGGGUCAGCAGUAUGAAAUAAGAAAUGAACUCUACAACCCUGAAGAACCGACACCUGACACAAAGUUUGGUGCUGGGACUACACUUCCUUUCCACAGACUUAACAAUAGUAAACCAAGUUUCAGUAGUUCCCGAAUGAGGCAGAAUGAGGAGUUGGCCACAAACACAUCUGAUUUGUCAAUGAGAUCUCUUCAGCCUCAUGAGCUAAAUGACUUUCACGGCAUUGCCCCUCUUCACUUCCCACACGUCUGCACAAUAUGUGACAGAAAGAUCUUUGAUCUAAAGGACUGGGAUCAGCACAUUAAAGGAAAUCUUCACAUCCAAAAAUGUAUGGUUUUCUCAGAAAACACUGGCAUCCGAUGUGCGUUAAGUUCAGCGGAGGCAGCGUUGCAUUCAUCUUCAAAUAACACAUCAGUUUUCAACCCUUCUGGCAUUGAAGAUUACCCAUCGAAUGCUGGCUCAUCUUAUACCACUGUGUCAACAAGAUCCUUUGGUCAGCCAGGUCCUACAUUUUCUUCCCCUCCUUCUGGAGUAAAAUUUCCACAAAGCAAAUCCACUGUGGGCCGAGUAGUACACAUCUGCAAUCUCCCCGAAGGAAGCUGCACAGAGAACGAUGUCAUUAAUCUUGGACUUCCCUUUGGGAAAGUCACUAAUUAUAUCCUCAUGAAAUCUACUAAUCAGGCCUUUCUUGAAAUGGCUUACACGGAGGCUGCACAGGCAAUGGUGCAGUACUACCAAGAGAAACCUGCUAUGAUAAAUGAUGACAAGUUACUCAUUAGAAUGUCUAAAAGAUACAAGGAGCUUCAGCUGAAGAAACCAGGUAAAAAUGUGGCAGCAAUCAUCCAGGACAUCCAUUCUCAAAAGGAAAGAGAUAUGUACCGUGAAGCCGACAGGUAUGGGACUGAGAGGCCACGGUCUCGCAGCCCCAUAAGUCGCUCUCUGUCACCAAGGUCCCACACCCCAAGCUUUACUUCCUGCAGCUCACCUCGCAGUCCAUUGGGUGCCAGCAGGACAGACUGGGGAAAUGGAAGAGAGUCAUGGGAUCAGUCCCCUUACUCCCGAAGAGAGGAAGAAAGAGAUGCAGCACUCUGGAGAGAGAACGGGGAGGAGAAAAGGGAUAGGACUGACACAUGGGUUCACGAGAGAAAAUACUAUAUACGGCAGCUGGAUAAGCUAGACUUAGAUGGACGGAUCGAAGGAGCCAGAGGGCACAGAGAAAAGUACUUAAGGGGUGGUUCACCCAAUGCCCUUCAUGCUUUACCUGCAUAUAAGAGCAGGGAAGAUGACUAUUACAGAAAAGCAGCUAAGUCAAAAUCUGAUCGAUACCAAAAGCAGCUGCCGGAUGCCCCCGGGAAGUCUAAAAGAAAAGAAGAGGCCAGGUUAAGAGAGCGCAAACACUCUCACUGUGAGGACCUAGAGAAGGAGGAAACUUCAGAACAAAGGCCCAGCAAGGUAUCUGAAGGCAGCAGGCAAAAGCAAAGUGAUAAAUAUAAAAUCAAGAAAGCUGAUAAAGACCCAGUUGAAGAUGCUGCGGCGGCGGCUGAAAGCUGUGACGCAAAGGAAGGCAACGCACCUGAGAAUGAGCUUGGGAAAGAGGAGCAUAUUACAGAGAAGACCUCACCUUCAGCAAAUAAACAAGGAAAAGAUUCAGCAGAUUCCAUGGAAAGCACAAGAAAAGAGAAGGAGCGAGACUGGGAAAGUGGAAGUGAGAUGGAAGGUGAGGCCUGGUAUCCAGCUAACAUGGAAGAACUGGUCACAGUGGAUGAAGUGGGAGAAGACGACUUUAUUAUGGAGCCGGAUAUAACUGAACUUGAAGAAAUUGUUCCAGUUGAUCCAAAAGACAAAGCAUGCUCAGAAACGCAUCAGUAUGUAACUAGCAUGUUAGAACUGGAAAAAGACCAUAGCCAGAUAAACAGGUGUGAAGGCGAAUCGGCCCAGGAAGCUCCAGAAACGAGCUUCAGAUCGGCAAAGGAAAGCAUAGCUGCUUCCGGUGGCUGUCCAGAAGCUGCUGCUGCUGAUGCAGUUACCGAAGCAUCAAGCCUAAAUCUGGACACUGAACAGAAGCCAGAUGGAUCACAAGAAGACAGAGCUCUUACGGAUUCUAAUUACCACAAAAAGGAAGGAAAAAUAGAGGAGAGCUCUGAUAGUCACAUGGAGGAUGGACAGAUACCUUCUGAUCAAAUGAAAGGAGAGACUCACCAGCUCUCUGGCACUUUUGUGGAUCAUUACAAGCAGAUGGGAUCACAAGAAACAGAGAGUAGAGAAGUCAUGGAAAUGCUUGUAAAAAACUCCAGUGAAGAAACAACGCGUGGAAGCCAAGAGUGUCAAGAGACGCGGGUAAAUUCUAGGUACCUGGAAAUGAAAUCUCCUGAAUUCUCCGAGGUGAAAUCUAAAAGAACCCAUUCUUCACCAUCCUGGGAACAAGAGGAUGUUUUCACUGAACUUAGCAUUCCUCUAGGUGUGGAAUUUGUGGUGCCCAGAACUGGGUUUUACUGCAAGCUUUGUGGACUUUUCUACACGAAUGAAGAGACAGCUAAGACAAGCCACUGCAGAAGUACUGUUCACUACAAAAAUCUUCAGAAGUAUCUAUCCCAACUUGCAGAAGAGAGUCUGAAAAUGAAUGAAGAAGACAGCAAUCUGCCACAGGACGUUGCUGGGAUUGUUCCCCACUUUGAGAAGAGAAAGCUAUGAUGUCGCUGAACUAGAAGAGUUGUAAAUGAGUGAAUGCUGACAUUUCAUUGUUGAUCUACAUGGUGUGGUGAUCAAUUUGCACUGUGCAGGAGGAAGGAAAGCACAAUAAACAGCAUGUUCUAUGCAUCUAUGCCCAGGGUUUGCCAUUAAAAACCAUAAUGCCUGGAAUAGUUUCCCACGGGGAAGCAGUGCUGGCGUAUCUGUAACAAGCACAGCUAUUCUUUCUCAGGCUGUGUGUUGGGAGCGGCUUCCUAUACUAACUCAGAAUUCUCAGGGAUUCUCAGAUGCCACACAGUAGGUCAGGCUGAGUAUUUAGAAGAAUUUAGCAUCCUCCAGUGGAAAUGAUCUGAAAAGAAAUGUCCUGAAUGAAGCUUUUAACAUGAAUAUAUUUUAAGUCACGUCACUCAUUAGUAUAGUGAACAAUAGGCCUUGUUUAAGAGACCUAAAGCCAUUGUGCUAGUGCUGUUAGAUGGCAUAAGGUAAACCCCAGUGGCCUCAGGAUAUGUGCACCUAGAGCUUGGUGAUGAUAAUCAUCAUCGUUUUUUAAUUUUCGAAUGUUGUCCAUGUACUCGAUGUUGUACAAAGAUCGAGGAAGUCACAGUCCCUGUCUCUAGAAGCGUACAAUUGAAAUCCAAUACAGGCAGAACAGUUCAGGCUGAAAGUUAUUUGCCUUCAUUCUCCAGUGCUUUAUAUCCUGCGGGCUGGUGCUCUUUGGUAAUUUCUGUGUUUGGAAAUAUUCCUUGGGAAAAUUCUAAAAGUGUGUCCACUUUGUGUCUUAGAUUAAACUCACACAAGAAACUUUAUAACUGCUAGACGUUUCGCUUAUGUAACUUGUAGAAUUCUUUAUCCAUUCUCAUUGGGGGGGUUUAAAACAUGUUUUUCUAAUCUUGGCCAUCUUGAAUUUCCUGGUCUUUAUGGAAAUAAGCCAGACACUUAAUGUUGUUUUAACAGUUUUUGUAUUCAUUCCCCUGAAUUUUUAUGGCAAGUGUAACAACUGUUCACAGAAUGCUGUAGUGAGAACACAGGAUGCACCAGCAACUAUAAAUAUUAUUAUUAUGGCA